CACCCUUUUGGCCCAAUAGCAGCUUUCAAUAUUUUUUUUAUAUAUAAACUACGCUCACCUCACUCUUCUGCCUAUAGGAAUGGGGUUUCCAAAUAAUUGUAAUGGCGGCUGGAGCCAAAUCGUUGCAAUACAUUAUUUUACGAAUACAAUAAUUUAGCACUGAAGUCGACGUUUAUGGGCGGGAAAACUGUGCGUUAAAAAUCUUUUCCUUUUAGAUUAAGGUAGAUUUCUGCCUCACCCAGUCACGUACCCCGCCCCAGCCCCGCGCCCCAUCCGCUUUGCGGCCUGGUAGUUCUUCUCACUUCUCAGCUUCUCGGAGUUUUGGCUGCCAUCUGCAGUUCAGCUCAUCGGCUCAACAACCCCAGCGGCCUAGUAGGUUUUCAUUUGCCAAUCCUGUAACCCUAAAAGCUGCCUUGAAAACCUAUUUGGAAGAACGAUUUAGAAACAUACAAUAAAACUUCUAAUGGAAAGCAGCAAUGGAAGUACAACUGGAGGCAGAGAGUGGAUGGCUGAGGAUGCCAUUGCUGGAAAUGCAGAGGCGGUCCGUGCUCUUCGGGAACUCAUUAUGUAUCCACUCCUGUAUUCUCAAGAGUCUCAAAAGCUUGGCCUCAAAUGGCCUCGUGGCUUGUUGCUCUAUGGUCCACCUGGUACUGGAAAGACAAGUUUGGUUAGAGCAGUUGUUCAAGAAUGUGGAGCACAUUUGACUGUUAUUAGCCCACACAGUGUCCAUAGAGCACAUACUGGAGAAAGCGAGAGAGUUUUGCGGGAAGCAUUUGCAAAAGCAUCGUCUCAUGCAAACCUUGGGAAGCCAUCUGUUAUCUUCAUAGACGAAAUUGAUGUACUAUGCCCUCGUCGUGAUUCUAGGUAAUCAUUCCAGUUAAUACACUUUCCAGGGCCAUGAGUUUUAACUUUAUCUCAAACUUGUAUCACUUAAUGCUUUCUUAAUGUAUUAUUGCCCAUCGUUUGAAAUUGCACAAUGAGGUUACACAAUAGGUAAUGCUAAGAAACCGCCUCAAGCUUGCAAAACGCAAUUUCAAACAUUGUCAUUGCCUGAGUAGUAUGGAAAUCGGAAAUAUGGUUUCUAAAAAAAUACAUGACACAAAAUAUGGGAAAAACACACUAAUUUUAAAAAACAUGAGGACAUAUGUAUAAAUAUUUUUAUAUAUGUAUACAUGUUUUUUCGUUUAUAUAUAUGCACAUUAUUUCAGAUAAUUUUGUUUGAUAACCAUUAGUAACUAAAGACUAUGUAUUCAAGUUUAUAAACUAUUACCCCCUCUGUCCCGCUAAUAUUGUCCCAUUUUACCUUUUCGGGAAAUCCCACUUAAAUUGUCCCAUACCAAAUUUGGUGAAGUUUGUGUGACUCUAAAUCAUUCUUACUUUAUUCUUUUGCUAGGAAGAAAUCUUAUAAAAAUUCACCAGAGUUUUGGAAAGGCACUAUUUUCCGUCAAUGGACCCCAUCAAAAAGAAAAAUACUUGGAAAUCCAAAAUUUCCUAAACGUUAUUAUUUUGGGAAACAAGCUUUCCAAUUUUUCUUAAUUAUUGAAACACCCCUCAAACUGGAAUUUGAAGUUCUGGAGUUUUUGAUACGCUUUCCAGUUUGCGGAGCGGGGAAGCAUGAGCCAUUGGAAGUUUCUGUGCUUCAUAGAUUAUUGCACUUGCACAUAAUACUUUCAUAUUCAUAUUUCAUUCAACAUACUUGGUGAGUUUGCUAUUGCAGAAGAGAACAAGAUGUACGUGUAGCUUCUCAGCUCUUUAUGUUGAUGGACUCUAAUAAGUCCGUUUCAACAUCUGGAUUACAUGUUGUUGUAGUGGCAUCAACUAAUAGGUGGGUUCUACUGAUGUUUCAGGGAAGUAACUUUUUGGUUUCCAUUUUUUCUUGUGUUGUAUUCAAAUAAAGUACAAAGAGGUCAUUUUGGUUAUUUUUAUUUACUUUUAAGUUCCAUAUAUUAGUAAAUGCGAUUUACUCUUGACGGAGAAACCCUUUUUUUCCAUCAUUCUCUC